GCUUAAUCGCAUACGUUUCAUAGUGAAGUGAACAACUAACCGUCGCCUUCGUUGAUUGAACAGUGCCAGGCAGUUACUUCUUUGUGUGGAUUGUGAAAAGUGAUAUUACUGGAAUUACCAGACAUCCGAGUGACAGUGAGGAACAUUUAAAAGACUUGUUAAUAGUUGAACAGUUUGUGAAAGUGCAUCUCGGUGAAGGAAUCUUCCCAUAAUAAGAGAUUUCAACGAUGCAGAUUUUUGUUAAAACUCUAACCGGUAAGACCAUCACCCUUGAGGUCGAACCCUCGGAUACCAUUGAGAAUGUCAAGGCAAAGAUCCAGGAUAAGGAAGGUAUCCCUCCGGAUCAGCAGCGUCUGAUCUUCGCCGGUAAGCAGCUGGAAGAUGGCCGCACCUUGUCGGAUUAUAAUAUCCAAAAGGAGAGUACCCUCCAUCUGGUUCUGCGUCUGCGUGGAGGCAUGCAGAUCUUCGUUAAAACUCUGACUGGUAAGACCAUCACCCUUGAGGUCGAGCCCUCGGAUACCAUCGAGAAUGUCAAGGCUAAGAUCCAGGAUAAGGAAGGUAUCCCCCCAGAUCAGCAGCGUUUGAUCUUCGCUGGAAAGCAGCUGGAAGAUGGCCGCACCUUGUCGGACUACAAUAUCCAGAAGGAGAGUACCCUUCAUUUGGUUCUACGUCUGCGCGGUGGUAUGCAGAUCUUCGUCAAGACUCUGACUGGAAAGACCAUCACCCUUGAGGUCGAACCCUCGGAUACCAUUGAAAAUGUUAAGGCCAAGAUCCAGGAUAAGGAAGGUAUUCCUCCAGAUCAGCAACGUUUAAUCUUCGCCGGUAAGCAGCUGGAAGAUGGUCGCACCUUGUCGGACUACAAUAUCCAGAAGGAGAGUACCCUUCACUUGGUUUUGCGUCUGCGAGGUGGUAUGCAGAUCUUCGUCAAGACUUUGACUGGAAAGACCAUCACGCUUGAGGUCGAGCCCUCGGAUACCAUCGAGAAUGUCAAGGCUAAGAUCCAGGAUAAGGAAGGUAUCCCCCCAGAUCAGCAGCGUCUGAUCUUCGCCGGUAAGCAGCUUGAAGAUGGCCGCACCUUGUCGGAUUAUAAUAUCCAGAAGGAGAGUACCCUUCACUUGGUUCUUCGUCUGCGUGGAGGCAUGCAGAUCUUCGUUAAAACUCUGACUGGAAAGACCAUCACCCUUGAGGUUGAACCCUCGGAUACUAUUGAAAACGUCAAGGCUAAGAUCCAGGAUAAGGAAGGUAUCCCUCCAGAUCAGCAGCGUCUGAUCUUCGCCGGAAAGCAGCUGGAAGAUGGCCGCACCUUGUCGGACUACAAUAUCCAGAAGGAGAGUACCCUUCACUUGGUUCUUCGUCUGCGUGGAGGCAUGCAGAUCUUCGUUAAAACUCUGACUGGAAAGACCAUCACCCUUGAGGUUGAACCCUCGGAUACUAUUGAAAACGUCAAGGCUAAGAUCCAGGAUAAGGAAGGUAUCCCUCCAGAUCAGCAGCGUCUGAUCUUCGCCGGAAAGCAGCUGGAAGAUGGCCGCACCUUGUCGGACUAUAACAUCCAGAAGGAAAGUACCCUUCACUUGGUUUUGCGUCUACGAGGUGGUAUGCAGAUCUUCGUCAAAACCCUUACCGGUAAGACCAUCACCCUUGAGGUCGAACCCUCGGAUACCAUUGAGAAUGUCAAAGCUAAGAUCCAGGAUAAGGAAGGUAUCCCCCCAGAUCAGCAGCGUCUGAUCUUCGCCGGUAAGCAGCUUGAAGAUGGCCGCACUCUGUCGGAUUAUAACAUCCAGAAGGAGAGUACCCUUCACUUGGUUCUUCGUCUUCGUGGAGGUAUGCAGAUCUUCGUUAAGACUCUGACUGGAAAGACCAUCACUCUUGAAGUUGAACCUUCUGACACCAUUGAAAAUGUUAAGGCCAAGAUCCAGGAUAAGGAAGGUAUUCCUCCAGAUCAGCAGCGUCUGAUCUUCGCCGGAAAGCAGCUGGAAGAUGGCCGCACCUUGUCGGACUAUAACAUCCAGAAGGAGAGUACCCUUCACUUGGUUUUGCGUCUACGAGGUGGUAUGCAGAUCUUCGUCAAAACCCUUACCGGUAAGACCAUCACCCUUGAGGUUGAACCUUCUGACACCAUUGAAAAUGUUAAGGCUAAGAUCCAGGAUAAGGAAGGUAUUCCUCCAGAUCAACAACGUUUAAUCUUCGCCGGAAAGCAGCUGGAAGAUGGCCGCACCUUGUCAGACUACAAUAUCCAGAAGGAAAGUACCCUUCACUUGGUUUUGCGUCUGCGAGGUGGUAUGCAGAUCUUCGUCAAGACUCUGACUGGAAAGACCAUCACGCUUGAGGUCGAACCCUCGGAUACGAUUGAAAACGUGAAGGCUAAGAUCCAGGAUAAGGAAGGUAUCCCUCCAGAUCAGCAGCGUCUGAUCUUCGCCGGUAAGCAGCUGGAAGAUGGCCGCACUCUGUCGGAUUAUAACAUCCAGAAGGAGAGUACCCUUCACUUGGUUCUUCGUCUUCGUGGAGGUAUGCAAAUCUUCGUCAAGACUCUGACUGGCAAGACCAUCACGCUUGAGGUCGAACCCUCGGAUACGAUUGAAAACGUGAAGGCUAAGAUCCAGGAUAAGGAAGGUAUCCCUCCAGAUCAGCAGCGUCUGAUCUUCGCCGGAAAGCAGCUGGAAGAUGGCCGCACCUUGUCGGACUAUAACAUCCAGAAGGAAAGUACCCUUCACUUGGUUUUGCGUCUACGAGGUGGUAUGCAGAUCUUCGUCAAAACCCUUACCGGUAAGACCAUCACCCUUGAGGUCGAACCCUCGGAUACCAUUGAAAAUGUUAAGGCCAAGAUCCAGGAUAAGGAAGGUAUUCCCCCAGAUCAGCAACGUUUAAUCUUCGCCGGUAAGCAGCUGGAAGAUGGUCGCACCUUGUCGGACUACAAUAUCCAGAAGGAGAGUACCCUUCACUUGGUUCUUCGUCUUCGUGGAGGUAUGCAGAUCUUCGUCAAGACUCUGACUGGAAAGACCAUCACCCUUGAGGUCGAACCCUCGGAUACCAUUGAGAAUGUCAAAGCUAAGAUCCAGGAUAAGGAAGGUAUCCCUCCAGAUCAGCAGCGUCUGAUCUUCGCCGGAAAGCAGCUGGAAGAUGGCCGCACCUUGUCGGACUACAAUAUCCAGAAGGAGAGUACCCUUCACUUGGUUCUUCGUCUUCGUGGAGGUAUGCAAAUCUUCGUCAAGACUCUGACUGGAAAGACCAUCACGCUUGAGGUCGAACCCUCGGAUACGAUUGAAAACGUGAAGGCUAAGAUCCAGGAUAAGGAAGGUAUCCCUCCAGAUCAGCAGCGUCUGAUCUUCGCCGGUAAGCAGCUGGAAGAUGGCCGCACCUUGUCGGAUUACAACAUUCAGAAGGAAAGCACACUGCAUUUGGUUCUGCGAUUGAGAGGUGGACAGUAAAAACGAUGUUGAUAUUAAUAAAUUGCAAAUUGCUAAAACUA